GUCCGUCUCGUCCGACCGAACGCAACCUGCUCGGCCGCCGGAUGACGGAAAAUGAUCGCGGUGCCGUCGACCAGGUGGUGCACGUCGCCGUGCGCGCAACGUCCCGUCCUCCGCAACGGGUCGGCUCGUAGGUGAGUACGACAAUGGUUUGAAGCGAAAAAAAAAAAAAAAAUCGCGCACGCACACCGCCCCUCGCAGCGUUCGAAAAUCUUCGGGAUCCGUCACUUCGCGUGUUGUUCGCGCAAAGCUGUGCUCCGCGAACGAACGACGCGGGUGUCUUUUAUGUUAUUUUAUUUUAUUCGCGUUCGUUUUCUUUUUUUCUCGCGAAAAACUACGUACGCGUCCAGAGCACCGGUCCCGCGAUUAUUGUUCGCGCCCAACGUGAUGUAUCCGGUCUGCGGCCACGGUUAACGGUCCGUCGUCGGCUGUUAAACCGUCCCUUCACCCGCAAGUAGAGAUCCUGUAGCCGCGACACGCCACUCGAACGGUGCGAAGAAAAAAAUUAAAGAAAAAUAAAAACCACCCUCCCGCGGGGACCAUAGACGCCGGGAUGAGUGGUAGCCACGGACGGUCGUUGUGGUGGUGCUGGUGGUGGCUGACGGUGCUUUCUUGGUGCGCGGUGCAAGCCUCGGACUCAGCCGCGUUCAUGCAGAGGGACAACGCGGUGCUCUCGCGACGAAGGGUGCCAAAGUUCCGAAAGGGACAACAGCAGCACGCUGCCGAGGAGGGUCCGAAAGACAACCGAAGGAGACCGAACAUCGUUUUGUUCUUGACUGACGAUCAAGACGUGGAAUUGGGUUCAUUAAACUAUAUGAAAAAAACUCAAAGACUCCUUAGAGAUGAAGGUGCUGAAUUCCGUCAUGCUUACAGCACUACUCCUAUGUGCUGCCCUUCAAGAAGUUCGUUGCUUACUGGUUUGUAUACACACAACCACGAAGUGUUCACAAAUAAUGACAAUUGCAGUGGACCAGUAUGGCAAAAUGUGCAUGAGUCAAGGACUUUCGCUACUUAUCUUACUGAUGAAGCAGGAUAUUAUACAGGAUAUUUUGGUAAAUACUUGAACAAAUAUAAUGGAAGCUAUAUACCGCCUGGUUGGCGUCAAUGGGGUGGUCUUAUAAUGAAUUCUAAAUAUUACAAUUAUUCAGUAAACCUAAAUGGUAAAAAAAUCAAACAUGGGGACGACUAUCAUAAGGAUUACUAUCCAAAUGUAGUUACCAACGAUUCGAUCAAUUUUCUUCGGCACGCGAAACAACACCACCCUCAUCGACCGUUUAUGCUUGUCAUGAGUUUUCCGUCGCCUCACGGCCCUGAAGAUUCUGCACCAGAAUACUCUAACCUGUUCUUUAACGUGACUUCACACCACACUCCUACUUAUGACUAUGCUCCAAAUCCUGACAAACAAUGGAUUCUACAAGUAACCGGACAAAUGUUGCCAAUUCAUAGGCAAUUUACAAAUUUAUUAAUGACCAAACGAUUGCAAACAUUACAAAGUGUAGAUGAUGCUGUAUCUAGAGUUUAUGAAGAACUAAAACAAUUGGGUGAAUUGGAUAAUACUUACAUUAUUUAUACUUCAGACCAUGGUUAUCACUUGGGUCAAUUUGGUUUGGUUAAAGGCAAAUCAUUUCCAUUUGAAUUUGAUAUACGUGUACCAAUGUUAGUAAGAGGGCCAGGUAUCGAACCAGGAACAAAAGUUAAUGAAAUCGUUCUAAAUAUAGACUUAGCACCUACAUUUUUGGACAUUGCUGGAGUUGACCCACCUGCCCAUAUGGAUGGUCGUUCAGCUUUUAAAUUAUUCCAUAAACACAAAAAGGGUAAUAAAAAAUUUAUUGCACAUUGGCCUGAUACAUUUUUAAUUGAAAGCAGUGGUAGACGAGAACAUAAUAAACACAAGAUAAAUUCAUCUGCCUUAUUGUCUUCUAUCAAUGAUUUCAGUGUUGGAAACAAUAUGAGAUUUGCUGCUGGUAGCAAAGCUAGUAAACUAUUUGUAUUAUGUCAGAAACCAGACUACCAAACUCCUUGUAAACCGGGACAAAAGUGGCAUUGUGUACGUGAUGGCUUCAGGUGGCGAAAACAUAAGUGUAAUUUAAAAAAGCGUAACAGGCUUCUAAAUGGCCUUAGCAAAUGCACUUGUUUUUCUGCUGAUGGAAAUUUAUACACAAAACUUGAAAUGGAUAAAAACAAGAAACAUAACCCAAAGAAUACAAAAAAGUCAAACCACAGAGAACGUUUUCGCAGAGAUCUAUUGAAUCCUCUUAGUAAUAAUAUGUCUUCAAUUAUGGACGUAUUGAACAAAAAAAUUGAUGUCUUACAAACAGUAGUCAAUGAUUCUUCUUUGGCUAGUUGUACAGUCACCCCUAAUGGAGAUGUCAAAUGUACAAAUAUUGUUUACAACAAUCCAAAAGUUUGGAAAUUCAGUCAAAAUCGUGUACAGAAACAAAUUUCAAACCUACAAGCCAAACUAGUUAAACUUAAAGAAAUAAAAAAGCACCUUGAAACUAAAAGACCAAAUUUUGAAGAUGAUGAUCAAGAGGUAGACAAUGCGAAUAAUGACCAAGAUGAAGAAGAUUCUGUUAUUAAUUUACUAACAGAUUAUUCACAAACACAAUGGAGCCCUAGGAUGAUACCAAACAUACAUAAUAGCAGUUUGAGUCCUGACAGUUUACUUGUAGAUGGAGUCACACCUCCUAGAUUAAGACAUCAUCAUGGACAUAAGUUACAAUCUAUAAAUAUCAAUUCAACGACUACAGAUACAUGUUAUUGUGUUCCUUUUGUAUUUUCCGACAAUGACCCAACACUCAAUAAGGAGGUAAAAAAGCUAUUGAAGGCUAAUAGACAAAAGAAAAAAGGAAGGAAAUUUCGAAAAAAAAACUCCAAACUUGAUAAAGAAUGCAUGUUAGAAAAAAUGAACUGUUUCAAUCACGAUAAUGAUCAUUGGCGAACAGCACCAUUUUGGAACGAAGGACCAUUUUGUUUUUGUAUGAACGCGAAUAACAACACGUAUUCGUGUCUUCGCACGGUUAACGCUACACACAAUUUUCUCUACUGCGAGUUCGUCACCGGGCUAGUGACGUUUUACGAUAUGAAAAUCGAUCAAUUUCAACAAUGGAAUCAAAUUCACACGUUAGAUCCCAGGGAAAGGGAUUGGCUUCGACAAUCGCUGUCCGAAAUGGUCCGCUGUAAAGGGUCUGCUCAAUGCGCCACCAGUCCGGUGAAACGGAAGAAAAAACUGGACAGUUUUAACACCCUAUCGUCCAUCGACGAAGCAAUAACGAGCAAACAGUUGCUAAUGGACCAACCGAAAGACGUGCAGAAUAUUAUGCGCUACCGAUAAUUGUAAACGCGCACACAGUUUUGUGCCUACUAAAAAUUAGUGUAAAGAUGCAGUAUUAUUAUAUUUAUAUAUAUAUAUAUUUGUGUGUGUGUGUGUGUGUGUGUGUAUUAUUUAUUUGAACU